AUGGCUACAAAUACCCCUGACCGCAUGGUUACUCGCCAAAACAGACCAGAUUACCUUUUACUUAAUGAUGGGUUUGAUGAUGAAGCCCUACCUGAAGAUUACAUAUCAGAAGCUCAAUCUGAGAUUAAUUCUUUAACUGGUAUCCCUUCCUCUGAAAUUCUACCUUGGGAAUCAGUUUCACAGACAGUUAUUAGUGCGACUACUAUACCGAACUCUUCUUCCUCAAACAUACCUCUAUAUCGCUCCCGGAAACGUUCGCGUCCUGCCCCUAUUACAAAUUGGUUAUGGGAUUACUUGUUACUUUCAGGUCACCCAAAUCAAGAUAUUCGAUGUGCAUAUAUUGAUAGCAAGACUAGAAUACAAUGUGCCUGGAAAACAACAGAUUCGCAACACCAAACAUCUACCACUAAUAUGCAACCCCAUCUUGAAAAACACUCAAUUUUUUCACCUCAUCAUCUUAGUGGCAGGACCACUCAAAAAGAGCAACCUAGCAUCCUCGAUCUUCUAGCUAAAAAGUCACUCACACCUCAACAAUUACUCAAAAAGAAUCUUAUUCACUGGAUCAUUAAUGAUAACAAGGCCGUUACAACAAUUGAAAGACA